AUGUUAUCAUUUUUGCUCUCUUUGCUACAAUUCAUUUACCUUCAACCGCUCUUUUCUUCACCAAUCUGUCGUAGAGGAUUGACAAGGACAACUAUUCCUGAAGAAACUACAAAUAAUGGUCGAUUAGAAGGCAAAAUCAUUCAUUAUCGCAUUGCUCAUUAUUCACGUAAAGAAUUACAUCAAAAUAUGGAUGAAAUGAAGCUUAAAGAAUAUGUUGACAAUGCUUUACGCAAAGCUAUCAAAUUAUGGGAGGAUGUCAUUAAUGUUCAAUUCAUUGAAUUACCUCAUACAAAAGCAAAUAUUGAGGUAAUAUUUACGACAUUUUAUCAUGGUGAUGAAUAUCCAUUUGAUGGAAAAGGAAAUGAAUUAGCACAUACAUUUUAUCCAAAUGAUAUCAUAUGGCAUGGACAAAUUCAUAUUGAUGAUAGUGAACCAUGGGGUCCAAGUGGCAGAAACUUAAAUUGGGUGAUGGCACAUGAAGUAGGCCAUGCAUUAGGCCUUGUACAUAUAAACGAUGAUGAAUCAUUGAUGACAUCACAUUAUCAAGGCUUCCAACAAGCGAUACCAAAAUUGCAUCCUUGCGAUAUUGUUGCGAUACAGUCAUUGUAUGGUUGGUUCGUUCUGUAA